UUUAUGGCAACUGUUGUCCAUAACCUGAGAGCAUUCCAUUUCUUUCUUCCUUUCUUCCCUUUCUUUAGUGUCAUCUGUAUUAUCUUUCAUUACUUUCCUAUUCUCUUCUUUUCUUUGGUGUUCCCUUUUAUCUCAAAAAAGGAAGGCUUCCCUUUGCAAGAAUGCCAUGGUGGAGGAAAUUUCUGAGAGAAGCUGGAUGGGGUAGAAAUUGUUAUGUCCCACCAAUAAGAGUACAUGGCAGGUGACAAGCCUCUCUUUGCACUAAAGGCCAUGGAAACAAGACUAGAGGCCGAAAUGGCUGAGAUUUCCGACAUAUUGGCUCUAGGCGAGGGUGCAUUAAACAUGAGGAGGGAGCUGGCCAUCUGAACUCCUCUGCCCGGGAGGGGUGAUGGUGGAAGGAUCCUCCAGCAUCGCCAUUGCAGGGCCUGCGCUCCUUCUCUCUUCCUGGGUCCCCUCCCGCUUUUCUGAAGAGGGGAGGGUCGCUUCUGCUGCUCAUCCGAGCUGAGGACAGCUGCAGUCCUCGGGGGGGAGGAGGAGGGCCCAGACAGGCUCCCGGCCGACAGCGCCGUGGGGCGGAGACUGGUUUUGGCGGAGCCUCAAGCCCAUUUUUUUUAAAAAGCGAAAGUGUCGUGGGGGGCGCGCAGGGGCGUCUGAACGGGCUCGCGCGGCUGCGUGGGAGGAGAGGGCAAAAGGAGAACGGGGAGGGAGGGGGAGGGGAGAGGCCGGCGGUCUGUGCCCGUCCCUCCGAAGGGAGGGGAGGAAGCGGGGUGGCUGGGUGGGCGGAGGGGGCUGUUUUCUGUUCCUCCACCGCUGUUGUUUAACGGGAGGGACCGGGGAUCCUGGAAACUGGCGAGGUGAUGCGUUUCGGGCGGGGGACGGCGGCGGCGUUCCUGCUGCUGCCGCCGCCGUCUCUGGAACCGCUGGAGAAGGAAGACGAGGAAGAGGCGGUGGCAGCGGGGGCUGGGAUCAAGGAGAGCUGGUGCCCGGCGGGCCCGGGCUCGGCGGCGACGGAUGCCGCGGAGGGACGUGCGGCUGCCCGGCGUAGCUGCUCUUUUCUGGAAGACGGCUGCCUUCGGAAAGACGGUGGGGACCGCCGGUCGCGGAGGCCGAACCCCAGAGGCGGCCGCGAUCCGGAGAAGUCGCGGCAGCCCUGAAAUGUAUUCCCCUUUCCCUCCCCGUCAGCGGCCAUGUUAACCACCAGGAAACCGUCUGCCGCCAGCGUCGCUGCGGUUAGUGCCGGUGGAGCUGCCUCGGCCGCCGCUUGCCCAGCCGGGAGCAGGGGAGGAGGAGGAGAAAGCAGCCGCCAGUUCCAGUCUUCCCCAGGGAUCGGGGCUGGACGAACUUCCCGGACGGGCGCUGGGAUCGGACCGCCGUCCCCGAUCGCUUUGCCGCCGCUGAAGUCCAGCAGCGCAGCCCACACGGUUGGUGGAAAUAAGCACACCAUGAAUGAGCAUCUACAUGUUACCAGCCAUGGGCAGAUCCAACAGCUCUUUGAAGAUAAUAGUAACAAAAGGACAGUUCUAUCCACACAACCAAAUGGGCUUGCAACAGUAGCAAAAUCAGGACUGCCAGUGGUACAAGAUAGACAACUUGAGAGCUGUCAUAGGCGUCAGGGAAGCUCCAACUCCUUGAAAUCUACUGAAGGGCCAGGAAAGUUAAAAGCUACUCCCAUGACUCCCGAUCAAGCAAUGAAGCAAUACGUGCAAAAGCUAACAGCCUUUGAGCAUCAUGAGAUCUUCAGCUACCCUGAAAUAUAUUUCUUGGGUCCAAAUGCAAAGAAAAGGCAAGGUGUCAUUAGUGGUCCAAACAAUUGUGGAUAUGAUGAUGACCAGGGAUCUUAUGUACAAGUACCCCAUGAUCAUAUAUCAUACAGAUAUGAAGUUCUUAAAGUUAUAGGGAAAGGAAGUUUUGGACAAGUGGUAAAGGCAUAUGAUCACAAGAUGCAUCAACAUGUUGCUCUGAAGAUGGUGAGAAAUGAGAAGCGUUUUCACCGCCAAGCUGCAGAAGAGAUUAAAAUUCUGGAGCACCUUAAAAAACAGGAUAAAGAUAAUAACAUGAAUGUUAUACACAUGCUGGAGAACUUCACAUUCCGCAACCAUAUAUGUAUGACAUUUGAGUUGCUGAGCAUGAACCUUUAUGAGCUCAUUAAGAAAAAUAAAUUUCAGGGCUUUAGCCUGCCUUUGGUUCGCAAAUUUGCCCACUCCAUUUUGCAGUGCUUGGAUGCUUUGCACAAAAACAGAAUAAUUCACUGUGACCUUAAACCAGAAAACAUUCUGUUAAAACAACAGGGUAGGAGUGGUAUUAAAGUGAUUGAUUUUGGCUCUAGCUGUUAUGAGCACCAGCGCGUCUAUACAUAUAUCCAAUCACGUUUUUACCGUGCUCCUGAAGUCAUCCUUGGUGCUCGAUAUGGGAUGCCAAUAGAUAUGUGGAGCCUGGGCUGCAUUCUUGCUGAACUCUUAACAGGAUAUCCUCUCUUACCAGGAGAAGAUGAAGGAGAUCAGCUGGCUUGUAUGAUAGAACUUUUGGGUAUGCCUUCCAGGAAACUACUGGAUUCAUCAAAAAGAGCAAAGAAUUUUGUGAGCUCCAAGGGCUACCCCCGAUAUUGUUCCAUUACUACCUUGUCAGAUGGUUCUGUUGUGCUUAAUGGUGGACGUUCCAGGCGGGGCAAAGUGCGUGGCGCCCCAGAGAGCAGAGAAUGGGGGAGUGCAUUGAAAGGAUGUGAUGAUCCGCUCUUCCUCGAUUUCUUGAAACAGUGUUUAGAGUGGGAUCCAAUGCUGCGUAUGACACCCAGUCAGGCUUUACGGCAUCCCUGGCUAAGGAGACGUUUGCCAAAGCCGCCAACUGGGGAGAAGACUUCAGCAAAAAGAAUCACAGAAAGCACUGGUGCUAUCACAUCCAUUUCCAAGUUACCUCCAACUUCAAACUCAGCUUCAAAACUGAGAACUAAUCUGGCACAGAUGACGGAUGCCAAUGGGAAUAUUCAGCAGAGGACAGUGUUGCCAAAGCUUGUGAGCUGAGGUUUGAAUAAUCUAAUGCUGAUUAAAAGAAAGGGAGAGAGAGAGAGAGAGAGAUUGCGCAAUUAUGUCACUGAGCCUUAUUCACAUGAAAAAGAAGCUCAGAUUUCUAUUUUUAUUUGAUCAAUAUCUUUAAACAUUUGUAUUUUUUUCAUUGAUUACUUUAAAUGUGUUAAGCACGGUUUUGAUUUUAUAAAAAAACAACAUGGGGAUAAUGCUUUAAGUUUUUACACUUUUUUAAAUGAAAUGUUUCUCUUGUAAACAACAAUUAGCCUUAUCAUGAAAUUUGUAUGGCACAACGAGGUGUCAGUGGCAGGCCACUGGUAACUAUCUAAGCUUGAUCUUUUUAGCUAGGUGAGGAAAAGAAGAGUAAAUUCCUUUUCCUCAUCAUGGCUUUCUUAGGAGUGAAUUUUAAUACUUUCUUAUCAUUGCUUUUGUUAUAGCAGUAGGCAUCAUUCCUAUAAGCAUUUAUUCAUAUUUUCAUGCAAUGAUCUAGAAAAUAUUCAGGGCUACAAGUGAGGUUUUGCAUGGCUGUUUGUGGUUCUGUCGGUAGUAUGGAUUAUUUACAGAAUGGCACAUAACAUUGUUAAAAUAUCCCAAUAGAGCAUCCACAAAGGGCUUACUUCAUGCUCAUAACAUUCCUUUAACAAUUCUCUAUCAAAUAUCCAGGAAGAAAUACUGAAAUUUGAUGCAAAGUUUCUGAAGAUACAAUAUUUACAUUUAAAAAACCCAAACUUAUUCCACUAUUUAGCCAAUGUAAAAGUAAACAUUUAUAGCAUGAAAAUGUGCUAUUUGGCAUAUUUAUGAACCUCAGAGAACAGUCCUGAAUCUGUUCAUUUGGAAAUAAUUUCCACUCCUUUAAUGGAAUUUGUAAAAAUAAUAAAGGUAGGAUAAAAAUAAAUUUUAAAAAAUAGGGAUCGAGCUUAAAUACUUUAGACUGCAACUCACUCAGCUGUUCCUCUGAAUUAAAUUAGACUUAUUACUGAAUAAGGUAAAGGUUCCCCUCACACAUAUGUCCUAGUCGUUCCAGACUCUAUGGGGUGAUGCUCAUUUCC